AUGCUUUUUAUCGGCCUGACGGGAUCAAUCGCAACGGGGAAAUCCACUGUCUCCUCCGUCCUCUCUAAUGCUCCUUACUCCAUUCCACUUAUCGACGCCGACAUCCUCGCCAGGGAGGUUGUCGAGCCGGGGACAAAAGGAUACGCCGCCAUUGUGAAUUACUUUCUCCCGACGACUCCGGAUCUCCUCAUCCCGGUCUCCGACACGAUGCCCGAAAAUGGACCCACUGGCAAAGGACGUCCUCUCGACCGGCCUGCCCUUGGCCGCCGCGUCUUUGGCAACACGGAGGAGCGAAAAAGUGACCGCGCUGUCCUCAACGGCAUCGUUCACCCGGCCGUCCGCGGGGCCAUGUAUAAAGCCAUCUUCCGGGCCUACAUCCGCGGUCACUGGGCCGUCCUAUUGGACGUGCCCCUUCUUUUUGAGAGCGGGCUUGACCGCAUCUGCGGAACCGUCUUCGUCGUUGCCGUCAAGGACCCCGAGGUGCAGAUGCAGCGACUCAGAGCUCGUGAUCCCCAUCUGUCUGCCGAGGACGCUCAGAAUCGUGUGCUAAGUCAGACCGACGUAAGGCUCAAGGCGAAGAGAUGCGAGGCGCGAGGUCCAGGCAAGGGAGUUGUGCUCUGGAACGACGGAACCAAGGAUGAUCUCAAGAGGGAUAUCGCCGAGGCCAUUCGUCAGGUACAGGCAUCGAGUCCCAUUUGGUGGAAUUGGUUGCUUCUGGCAUGCCCUCCCGCGGCAGCAGCCAUUGGGGCAUGGCGAUUUUAUCAAAAUGUCCGCAUCAACAAAGCAUGGGCUGAACAGGAGAGGAUCGAGAAAGCCAAGUUGUAA